CUAACGGGGAAGAAGCUUUUGAAGAAUGAGCACUAGUGCGCUAGAGAAUAAGGUGCUGCGUAUGUGUGACGAAGUACAGCGGCUCGAGAAUGAAUAUGGGCCGCUGGUAAACGAGGUGGAAGCAUUGGAGAGAAAGUGGCGUGAGUUGGGGGAGAAGCUGGCAACGUCCACUCCAAGGGCGUAUUAUGAGCGAGUGCUGCGUAAGUUGGAUUGUGCGGGCGAAAAACGUUUGCUGCUAGAAGCACUAAGUGAGGAUUCUGAUGCAUCGGAGACGGAGCACGACAUUGGUGAAGCGAGCACCGGAAGGUUCGUCACUCUCCGAGAGAGAGCACAGCUCGAUCCUCAACCUGUUGAGCAGCAAGACGAUAGCGUUAGGACGGAUUUGAGCGCUCUGGAAGCGUGGUCUCUUCUGGAGAAGAAGCACGGUUCUCGCGCUGGUAUUGUUGCCCAUGUGAGGCACCUGGAGAUGAGAAUCGCUCAGAGAUCAGCUCAACUUGAUGACGUCACUCCAGCUAGAAUGAUAAGUCGGGUAAAGCAGAAACUAUCGUGGCUGGGGGAUAUCUCGUUGCUAUGCGAUGCGCUCUGCGGGUGUCCGUCUGCAAUGCCGGUAGAGCCUGCGACUAACUUACGGCAGCUUGUUCUGCUGGAGGUGGCUGACGACAACAUGGACAAAGUUGAGCAUUCAGCGAAGAAAUUAGCCGUGCAACAUCGCUCCACUAUAACAACGUUUGACGAGUUAUCGGGAGUAAAGAGGCCGAUAACACGCUCCAUGGGACCGGAAGGACUAUGGUGA